AAAGGCUGCUUAGCUGUCCUCAUCCUCACCAAAUCUUCCAGAGCCUCUCAAAGAUCCCCUCAUCAACAGAAUAAUUAACUGCCAUGGCGAUUCUGCCAGUUAUCUCUCUUCUCUAUGCCAUGUUUGCCCUGAGCAUGGCUUCAGAGCCCAUGACUGAUGGUGGUCCAGGUGAAACUGAGGAGUCUCCAGAGCUGACCGUUGUGGAAAAACAUGCUGUGUGUCAGUCUGGAUGGCACGGCUGUGGAAAUCGCUGCUUUAAGCUUUUCCAUGAAAGGAAAACUUGGUCUGAGGCAGAGGGACACUGCAAGGAGCAGGGAGGUAAUCUUGUAUCCAUCCACAACAAGGUGGAAGCCAAGUUGGUAGGGGACUUGUCAGGGAAUACAUACUGGACAUGGAUUGGGACUGGGGGAUCCGCUGAGGGUUUCACGUGGUACUGGACUGAUGGCAGCCCAUUUGACUAUUCCAACUGGGCCUCAUGGGAGCCUAAUAACCAUCUUGGAAAUGAACACUGCGCAAGCACCAACUACAAUGGUGGUGGCGUUUGGAAUGAUCUUCCCUGCCACCAGAGUCUCCCUUUUGUGUGUGCCAAGUAAUCAGGCAUCUUGUGUGGGGUUCACCCACAACCUGUGAUUUUAAGCCUUCUUUCUUUCCUUCCUUUGAAUUUAAAACACAACAUUGUUAAAGCAGGGCUCUUAGAGAUCAGUCACAGGUGGUGUGUCGGUUUGUGUGCAAGAUCUGUGUGUAUGAGUGCACUGGGGUAAGGCCAGUGUUUAUGACACCGGCCACCUGUGCACCUGUGCAGCCACCUGUGCAGUCAUCACACUUGUUUUGUGCACCACACACACCUGUGCAGUCAUCACCACACACACCUGUGCAGUCAUCACCCUUGUGUGCACCACACACGCUUGUGCAGUCAUCACCCUUUUGUGCACCACACACACCUGUGCAGUCAUCACCCUUGUUUUGUGCACCACACACACACACCUGUGACUGUAACCAGCCCAGACCAUCAGGUGUUGAUGUACCUCCUGCAGAAUUCCUUCUCUUCUUUCAGUUCAAUCUUUGAUUGUCACAAAUCUAAUCAAUAAAUCAAAAUCAGCAUCAAAAUGCAA